AUGGCCGAGACAGCGAUAACAGAGAGCUCGCUCAAAGACGCGCUGACGGAGCGACUGAAGGCCACCUAUGUAGAGGUGGCCGACAUGUCCGGCGGCUGCGGUCAAUCCUUCACAUCGCUCAUAGUGUCUCCCGAGUUUGCCGGCAAGAAUUCACUCAAGAGGCACCGGCUGGUGAACUCGGCGCUCAAGGACGAAAUCGCACAAAUCCACGCCUGGAGCGCCAAGUGUCAAACUCCUGACGAGCACGAGAAAGAGAGGGCCACCACGGGCGGAAACGACGGCCCCCCACUGGACGGAACAGAUGAGGGAAAGGUGGAUGGCGUUGACCAGUGA